AUGAUCGGAAACCCGAUGAUGCUAACACAGGUUAUCAACCUUAGGCUCGUAUCACAAAAAGCUGCUGGGAAUGCGGUAGCAAUUGUCACGAUUGCAUUGAUCGUACACAGAGGCUCUGUAGAGGCUGCUGCGGUGGCUACUGCUUGGUUCACAACGAGGGGUCAACCUCAACUUUCUGUGACUGUUCGAUCCCCGCAACCUCGUUGA